AUGCAUUGUGGAAAACUGAAAAGCUCAAAGCUUUUUCUCUUUUCAACUGUUGACUUUCACCAUAACUUUCUCGUAACAAACAAGGGAAAGAUGUUAACCAGUACAGCAAGGAAUUCGGCUUAUGUUAGUAGAAGUGUGCGUGCAAGGUACGGCCUUGCUGCUUUAAGACACUAUGCUGAAAUGGUCAACAAAACACCAUCCCCUGAAGACCUUGCAAAGGAAUCGCAAUUACCAAAAAUCGAGAACCCAGAGCUUCCAAAUAGGGAUAUUAAGGCUAAGAACAAACUUGAGAAGCCAGCAUACGAGAAGGAAGGAUUUAAGGUCCCCCAGUGGAAAAAGGCAUUUGGUGAAACAUUUGUUUCACUCUUCCACAUCGAUAUGGAUAAUGUUCGUGCCGGAACUAUUGGAGGUUCCAAAUAUUACUACAUGUGUAAAGAUCAGGGAUUGCAGUUUGCAGAUGAGCCUUUGAGUGAGAGUGCCAAGUUCUGGUACGAAACGUUGGGAUUACCAAGAACAUUUGCAAUGUGGUUUCAAAUCACCAACUUGCAUGUCUGGUUACUCUAUGUACGGAUGCGUGCCAUGCCAUUCAAAGUGGGAAAAAACUACCAACAGAAACUGGUUGAUAAGCUGUUCAAAGAUAUCGAGUUACGUCUAAGUGAAGAAAUGAACGUUUUGAGUGGUCAAAUUAGAGACACUUAUAUGAAAGAUUUCCACUCUCAGAUGCUUGGUAUGAUUUUCUCCUUGGAUGAAGCGCUAGCCCAAAAAAGUGAUGACGUAUUGGCAGCAGCUGUCUGGAGAAACAUUUUUAAUGGUGACAAGAACAUCGAUAUUGUCAAAUUGGAGGCUGUAGUAAGAUACAUUAGAAUGCAACUUUAUGUUCUUGAUAAUAUAUCUGACCGUGCAUUUGGUUUUGGUGAUUUUGAGUUUGUUGGACCUAAUGAAACUGUCGAUUUGUUAACACCGGAAGAUAAAGAACAACUAUAUAAAAUGACCAAAAUGAAGUACGAGCCUGGAAACGGCAAAAUUUUACCUUCUCAAAAAUCGAAGUUAUCUUUGGAAGAAUAA